CUUUGGGGAAACAGGAAAUGUCAUCGACAAAAGUGAAAGUUGUGAGCGCCACCAGGUUAUUAAACUUCGGAGAGCUGGCCACAUGACGUCUUCUACCAUGAUGCGGCACACAGAUGGUGUUAAAGAUCCCAAACCUUUACUGAGUGUUGUUAAAAGGAAAGGCCAUGUAACACACUGGAAGUGACCUGCCAAAGCGCGACUGGUAGACAAGGGGCCAAAGAUGCAGGGGGCCAUCGCACGUGUGUGCGUGGUCGUCGCCGCCGCCAUCUUGAACCACCCCUUGCUGUUUCCCCAAGAGAACGCCACCUCCGCGGUGGAGCAGGACGCGGAGCUGAUGGCGCGCAUGCGGGAGCACGAGGAGAGGCUGGCGAGGGAACGGGCCAAGAUGGAGGAGGCUCUCUCGCAGCCGGAGGACGGCGCCUGGGAGGAGGCGUACAGCUGGUACGUAUGGAGCGCCGUGUCCUUCGCCGUCUUCCUCGCCGUCGAGAUGUGCAGGGCGGACUCGGCCGACCCGUACGGCGGGGGUGUGGACGACGAGCUGCCUGAGAGUGGAUGCGUGGACGCCACCUCCAUGGUGCUCGAUAAAGACGUCCUCGCCAACUUCUGUGACAAAUGCACGUACGGCCACGCCCACGACACCGGCCGGGCCAGGGAGUUUGCGGAGGGUUUGGUGGACGACCUCCUGGAGUCUCUGAGGAGCGUCUGCGACCGGGAGGCCGACAUGGAAGUGGAGGACUUUGUCGGGGUGGGGAGCAUGUUCGAGUCCUGGCAGAUGUGCAAGCCCCCGGUGUGCGACUUCCUCGUGCCCUUCUCGCCCCCCGACCCGCUGGCCUUCCGGGUCAGCUUGUGGUGCGAGCCGUCCAGCGACGCGCCGCCCGACCGGCGGGGGUGCGGCACCAUCCAGGUGAGCCCCGAGGGCGGGUGCCUGUGCGGUUCCGCCAACAUGGGCGAGGACAUGCUGUGUCUGCUGCACGGCAACCAGCUGCACGCCUACGUGGACCCCGGAGGAAGCUCUCUCCUGGCCAAAGGUGGAGUCAUGACCUGGUUCCAGGUGGCCCUCACCAAAGCCUGGGGGCGCAUCUCCCACAAAUACGACUUUGAGGUCACCUUCCGCAGCCUGGACGCGGCGGGCGCCUUGAAGAUCCGUUUCCCUUCCGGAAAAGCCAUGAUGGUGAACAUCAUCCCCGCGGUCCAGCUGGCGGACACCGACGCCUACUUGGUCUCGCACUUCCCGUCGGACUGCGGCGGACUUCCAGACCCGUUCUGGCCUCUCUCGCUGGCCGUCUACGAGAGGAACCUCCUCAAACACCUGGCCAGGCGCCUCCCGCCGCCCUCCUGCCACCUGCACUGCCUGGAGGUGGUCACCUUCCUGCACAGGAAGCAGACGGCGCUGACGGGCGGGAACGCCUUGCUGGACUACCACUGGAAGACGGUGGUGUUGCACCUGCUGCUGCUCCACCCGGCGCCCGCCUGGGCCGCCCACAGGACGGAGUGCAGACUGAGGGACGUGCUGGGCUUCAUGCACAGGAGCCUCCGGGAGAAGAGACUCCAUCACGUCCUGAUCGGGAACCGCAGAGUUCCGGGAGAGCUGCGGCUCCCGGAGACGAUCCGCAGAGCGGAGCCUGUCAACCUGUUCCGGAGUUUGGUGCUGAGGAGGGACCAGUACGCCAAAACGGUGCGCCACCUCCAGGAGAUGAUGAGGAAUGCCGCCAUGUUGUUACAGGAGUACACGCCGCUCUUGUCUAAUGGCGGCUUUCAUUACUAGAAGUACUGUAUUUAUAUUUCAUUACUAGAAGUAUUUUAUUUAUGUAUCAUUACUAGAAGUAUUGUAUUUAUAUAUAAUACAUACAAUAACUAGAGGUAUUGUAUUUAUAUAUAAUACAUAUAGUUACUAGAAGUAUUUCAUUUAUAUAUAAUACAUAUAGUUACUACAAGUAUUGUAUUCAUAUAUAAUACAUAUAAUAACUAGAGGUAUUGUAUUUAUAUAUAAUACAUAUAAUAACUAGGGGUAUUGUAUUUAUAUAUAAUACAUAUAAUUACUAGAGGUAUUGUAUUUAUAUAUAAUACAUAUAGUUACUACAAGUAUUGUAUUCAUAUAUAAUACAUAUAAUAACUAGAGGUAUUGUAUUUAUAUAUAAUACAUAUAAUUACUAGAGGUAUUGUAUUUAUAUAUAAUACAUAUAGUUACUAGAAGUAUUGUAUUUAUCUAUAAUACAUAUAAUUACUAGAAGUAUUGUAUUUAUAUACAAUACAUAUAAUUACUAGAAGUAUUGUAUUUAUAUAUAAUACAUAUAGUUACUAGAAGUAUUGUAGUGCACUUGUUGAAUUGGUAGUGGACCAAAGAAGACUGUAAUGUCAUAUCGACAAUGAGAGAGUUUGUCUCUUUGUUACACAACUUUGUGGACAAAUUGUGCAACUCUUCUGCACUUGUGUGUGUUUGUUACUCUUAUUACUGCACUUGACACACACCUCUCUAACAGGGGUGUCCAAACCUUUCCCACGGAGGGCCACACACCCAAAAAUGAAAGAACUUUGAUACAUUUUGUACAUUAAAGACACCAAAACCCAA